AUGGACGGUUACGAUCCUCUUGCAAUGCCUUACCUACACAGUCCCAUGCCUUUUACGGGCGGAAAUAUACAAAACCUGGACUACAUGAGUGUUCCGUCGGUCAUGGAUUUGCAAGAGCAGUAUUCCAACUUUGACUCCGAACCCUACAUGAGUGGCGAUGAGCUCAGCUUUGCGCCGUCAACCGGCUUGCAACAUCCCGCCAUGCUGAAGCGCUACUCUUCCGGGUUCGAAGACCCGUUCGCCGAAAGCACGAUGGCUCAAUUCGACCAGGUCCCUACAGAAGGUGGUGCGCCCGAGAGCCCCUCGAUUGAUCGCGACAGCAAGUAUCUCAGUUUUUCCAUGCCCCGAUACAACUUUACGCUGCUGGACGAUUCUUUCCGGCGGUCUUCCGUCAACAUUAGCGCACAACUUCACGGCAUGUUCUUUCUGGCCGAGUCGCAAUGGCCCGCAACGGCUGAUACGCCUCCUCCGCCACCCGAACUCACCUGCUAUCGGCGAAAUCUUUUUCAGAUCACCGGCUCCGUGACGCUGCCGCGGAAUCUCCGAUAUGUGUUCACGGAUGACGGUUCCAGAAUUCCCAUCUACGAGCUCGAAUUGGCAGUGUCGGCAACCGAGUCGGUGGAAGGCAACGCCGUCAAGAUCAUUUCGGUGCCAUGGAAGACCCCGGCCGGGGGUGAACCGGCCAAACCAGAAGACAAGGCCGAACGAGAACCUCCCACGAUUCCGCUUGACAAGAUGUCGGGACAGGAUCUCGACACCGAUUACACGACAUUCCCAAUUCAAUGGAAGCGAUUACAGUUCCGCAUAGCCACGGCCAACAACGGCCGAAGGAAAGAGCUGCAGCAACAUUUCACGCUCCAUCUGAAAAUCAUGGCAUCCUUAUCUACUGGUGGUAAGAUCUCGAUUGCGGAAGCUCAUUCGGGCCCUGUCAUUGUUCGAGGACGAAGUCCCCGGAACUUUGCCGCUCGCAAGGACAUGCCUUUGAGCAGUAGUUCCACGGCCCGCAAACAUCUUCCACCGACCUCCAGAGCUGGAACCAGCCAGACUUCGGUUCCGCAGGUCACUUCUGCGCCCAAGGUCAAAACACCACCUGAGGAUUUGACCCAACCAAUUGUGCCGUUUGACGGUGCCAAUCCGAAUAAUAGUAAUAACAGCGACAUGAAAUCAUCCGACCCGACCGAUCUCAACAAUUGGAUGUCGCAAGUCGUCCCCGAACCUCCCCUUCCCACACCUUCCUACUCGGCCGUCAUGAACCCUCCACCCAUGCCUACAUUUUCACAUGAUCCCACGACACCCGAACUUGGCACCCCAGGAGCCACGUUUCCGUUUACUUUUCCGCAAGAGAUGGCCUCCAACGGCAACCGACCGCUCAGCUUACAUUUUGGGAGUGAUGACGAAGGCAGUCCAUUCCCUCACGCCGAACAGCAAGGGGGCUCGCGACCGUCGUCUCGGCCUCCGACGUCAAAUCCGUCACCAUCACUGGUCAACAAGGGUCAAGGGCAGGCAGGUUCUACGCUUGGCCACGGCCCGGCGGCAGGGACGCCAUACACCACCCACCAUCACGGUGCAUCCCCGGGCCCUUCUCAACCCAGCUCGGGUAGUUUGGUCAACCAUAAUGGGAACGGAAUCGGUGGCAGUCGCCCUCGCCUACAUUCGCACGGCCUGUCCAUGACCAGUGUACCAACCUCCACGCCGGCGCCUAUGAAUCACUCGGAGCCUUCGUCGUCUUCUGUGAUUCAGACACUGCCUGCAUCACGACCAGACCUCGUCGACUCUAAAACUAGCACCAGUAUCAGCACCAGCACCGCUACAGGCCAGCAGACAUACCCCGGCGCGCAAGGGGAAAGUGCUGAUGAACUAUACGAGUAUUUUCCGCUCGGUUUGGACGACUGGAUGCCGCCAGUGGACGCCGUGUUUCGCCCGCACGUUGUCCAUCAUAGCGGACCGUUGCCGCCUGACCCGAGGUCACCGGGAAGGCAUACGAGCAAACGGUAUUUCAGUGAGGUUGUAUAG